AACAGCUGAGAGGGAGAGAGACGGGAGAGAAACACCAACAGCUGAUGCUAUAAAGGACUUGACAGGGAUUAAAUAUGACCCCUGGCAGUGCUGUGGUGGUGGUGAUGGUGGUGCUGGCGGUGCUGGUGACCCCCUCAGUGUGCUGGGACACCAAAGAAAUGGAAAUGUUUGAUUUAAUAGAGGAAGUGAACCAAAAUUUUUACGAAGUUAUGGGUAUAUCGCAGGAAGCGUCCCUACAAGAGGUGAAGAAAGCCUACCGCAAACACUCCCUUCUCCUUCACCCGGACAAGAACGACGCACCGGACGCAGAAGUCAAGUUUAGACAGCUGGUCGGCAUCUAUGAGGUGCUCCGAGACGAGGCGCAGCGUAACAGAUACAACAGGGUGCUGGUGGAGGGUCUGCCAGAUUGGAGGUCACCCAUUUACUACUACAGGAGAGCCAGGAAGAUGUCACUGUUGGAAAUAUCUGUCAUCCUCACUGUUGUCAUCUCUCUCACUCAAUACCUGAUGGCUUGGGGAUCCUACAUUGAUAAGAAGAGGUGUAUGGAGGAGAGUCUUAUGAGGAAGUACAAGAUAAAAGAUGGCAGGAAGAGGAAAGUGGAGGACCUGGAGAAUAUAAUGUUGAUGGAGGAAGUGUUGGACCAGAUCCCCAGACCCAGCUGGUGGAAUAUUCUGCCUGUACAACUGGUGCGCCUCAUAGUCUUCCUAGUGACUGGGGGCCCCGGGCUAGUGAGGAGCCUCCUUGCCCACGCCAGGGAGGAGAGAAUGAGGAAGCAGCGAGAGAAGGAGGAGGAGGAAGAGGAGGAGCGGAAGAGAAUAGAGGAGGAGGAGAAGAGAGAGAAGAAAAAAGCAAGCAGGAAGGAAGGAAGAAAACGGGCCAACCUUCUCCCAGACUUUUCAAACUCCGAGUGUGUUCUGGACAGUGUAGAUGGUCCAGAGCAUGCAAACACGCAGUCACGGGCAAGGCCUACCCCCGCCACUACCCCUGUGAUCACCGGCGGUUUCUGGACGGAUGACGACUUCUGUGAGCUGGCACGACUCAUGGCUAAAUUCCCCGGCGGUACAGUCAACCGGUGGGAGCGUAUAGCGGAGUUGAUGGGGCGGACAGUGUUUGAGGUCACCAAGAUGUCCAGCAAAUUGAAAUCAAGUUUGACACAGAGAUCGACUGAAACUGAGAGUGGUGAAGAGGCGACUCCUGCUGUGAAGGUGAAGGUGAAGACGAAGGGAGAGAGCAGGUGUGACGUGACGGCCGGCAGUGACGAGGCGUGGAGCCCUGUGCAGCAGAAGGCCCUGGAGAAGGCACUCAAGCAGUUUCCCAAGGGCACUGACCAGCGAUGGGACAAGAUAGCUAGAACUGUGCCUGACAAAACCAAGGAGGAAUGCAUGAUGCGUUUUAAAUUUUUGGCGGAGAAGAUCAAGAAGAAAAAGAUGGAGGAGUCUGAGAGGAGAGAAGAGGAGGAGGAAGGAGGAGGAGAGAGAGAGACAGAAGAGGAAAUGGAAGAGAGAAGGAAAGAGGAGGAGGAGGUACAGACAACAAGUACGACUGUUAGAAGAAGAGAUAAUAGAAGAAGAAGGAAAGAAAUGCUAGAGGAAGAGGAAGAGGAGGAAGAAGAAGAGGAGGAGGAGGAGGAGGAGGAGGAAGACUAGCAUUGAUAAGUAUGGUUAGAUUGACUUACUUAUUGAUUUAAAUAAUACUGUAGCGACUCUAGUGUUUCAUAAGGUGCUGAGACACACACACACACACACACACACACACACACACACACACACUCACUCAAAAGACAAAAAAAAAUCUGUCAAGGAAAUCUUAAUUUAUUCAGUCAAAUCUCAUUUUUUUUUAAUCAAAUUUUUCUCAGUUCAAUCUGUUUUAUUAAGAAUCUCUGGCAAUCUUCCGUUAAUUAAUUGACUACAAAAGGUGUUAAAUCCUUUAUAUAUAUGAUCCAGUAGUCAUUUGGGCCUGUAAUUCCUUUGUUUGGACUCUGGUCCUUUGAAUCUUCCCUUCUCAGCUCAAAAUACUUUAAAUCUAAUUGUAUUAAUUUAAGAAAACAGCUUAUGAUUGCUUCAGUUCUCAAAGGAAACAGCUUGUUGAUUGGCUGUUCUCAGAGAAAACAGCUUAUGAUUGGCUCAGUUCUCAAGGCAUAUAAUCGUUUUGGUUGGAAGGUCAGAUGUAAUUGGUUGGGUCACUCUUGGUCUCUCUGGGUUCUCUGUCCUGAUUGGUUUGCAGAAUGUGUUUGAUAAAAGGGUUUGUUUUGUUAUGAAUCUUGUCUCCCUUUAUCCAUCUUGUUCAGUUUGUGUGGGAGUGUUUGUCUUGUGCCUCUGCUGCUGCUACUGCUGCUUUCGUUUUCCUUCUGCUUUUCUUGUUUUUUUUUUUUUCCCCUCAACUACAGUACUAUUUUUUUUGUCAGCCUGUUUUCCCUCAACUAGUUUUUUUUUCUUAUUAUUAUUACGGUACUACCUGUAUUACUAUUCUACUGUCUAGUACUAUUAUCAUUCUUUUAUUGGUUCCUUUCUUUUUCUUCCACUAACUACAAUUAGUACUUUUUAUCUUCCUGUUCUUUGAUGUAUAUAUUUUUUCUUGAAAGUUUUGUCUACAUUCUUUUUUCUACUAAUACUUUUUUUUUUUUUACUACUGCCACUACUAAUAUUACUAGAGUUUUUCUUCUACUGCCACUACUUAUCUAUGUUCAUCAUUUCCCUGUUCAUGUUCUCUCUCCCUUUUCCUCCUUGCCCUCUUCACCACCACAACCAGUGCACACAAACAGUCCUUGCCUCUCCCACUGCAGCCUUGUCUCCCCUGCCAGGGUGUCCUUGCUACACUGCUGGAGGCUGCACCAGUUACCAUGUUCAUGUUGAGUCACCAUGUUCAUUACACACCACCAUUGUAACAAUUGUAAGUCAGAAGUGUGUUUGUACUUUGUUAAUAAAAGGGAGGAAAAGA